AUGAGUCUGAAAAAAGAAAGUUUCGGUUCGGAAAUCAGAAGACUUGCAUGGGAACGAAAGAGACGGAGGGAAUACAACGAGGAGUGUAUAGAAUUUUUUUAUGGGGACAGCGCAUACAAUCCGGGUUAUACGACUAUCGGAGAUGUGGAAGAUAUCGGUAUCGGAAAACCUGAAAAAGCUGUGGAAAGAUUGAGAAAAUAUGCUGAGUUGAGAAAUAGGAUAAUGUUAAAAUUAGAGGAAGCAUUGAUCGAAGCGAGAGAAGUGAUAAGAAGGGAAGUAAAACCGAAGCCGAUGAAUGUAAAACAAUUAAGGUUAAUCUUGGAAAAAAUUUGUGUAUCUUACGAUUAUAAUCCUAGAAGAUCACACCUUUUAAAAAGGUAUAGGGAAGAGAUAGCAGAACCACCGCCUCAGGUUUCUGAGAUUGAAGUAAUGACAUCGAAAGAAAUGAAAAAGGAGUUGAGUCGGUUAGGUUUAAACUUUAUGACAAAUAUGCGGAAAUCUGUUUUGAAGGAGAUUUUGGUAGAGGAUGCAAGAAAAAUUAGUGAUUUUAGGGCGAAACCGAUUGAAUGGAAUCACCAUGUUGAUUAUCGAUGGCUUGCGAUGAGUCGAUGGUAUUUUACUCGUAGGAUAACGACGGAACCGUUCACGAUCUGGGCAUUUGUGAAGGGAAAGGGAAGCGGUACCAGAUCUAUAUACCAUAGCGGAGUAAGAGAGGAAUCCGCGACCAGUUUAUAA